UGUACAAUGUACCACCAUGUCACACACACACAAAAUUUAACGAGCUGUGUGUUGGUUAUCAACGUGGAUCUAUAUAGUGAAUUUUUGUUGUAUUUAUAACUUCAAACCAAUCUAUUGAAAGAUAAAUAACUUAUUGGUGUUUAAUCAAUCCUACAGCCACGUAUUUAUUCAGAUCAUUUGCAAGCAUGGUGCAGAAAGGACCACGUCCUUUAGUUCUCUGUGGGCCUUCGGGUUCAGGAAAAAGUACGCUGUUGAAGCGCCUAUUGAAGGAAUUCCCGGAUAAAUUUGGAUUCAGUGUGUCACACACCACAAGAGCUCCUCGACCGGGGGAGAAAGAUGGUGUUCACUAUCAUUUUACCACGAAAGACGAUAUGGUAGCCGCAGUACAGAGAGGUGAAUUCAUAGAAACCGCUACUUUCAGUGGAAACAUGUAUGGUACUAGCAAACGGGCUGUUGAUGAUGUUCGUCGAACUGGCAAGAUCUGUAUCCUGGAUAUUGAGAUUGAAGGUGUGAAACAAGUGAGGAACACAGACCUGAACCCCUUGCUUGUGUUUGUGAAGCCCCCAUCCAUCGAGGAGCUAGAGAGACGCCUACGUGGCCGAGCUACAGAACAUGAAGAAGCCCUUCUAAAACGUUUAGAAUCAGCUAAACGUGAAAUAGAGUUUGGUCAACAGCCGGGCAAUUUCCACAUCAUGAUACUCAAUGAUAACCUGGAUAAAGCAUACACUGAGCUCCGCGAAUUUAUUGCACAGAAUGUGCAAAUCAAAGACCAAGACAAGAAAAACGACGCCACUAAAUAAAUGUCUGGUGCAUGGAGUGAAGCUUGAUUGCCGCCACCUUUCUCCUAGUCUUAAGGAUGUGCCGUAGCUAUAAAAGAAAUUAACUUGGCAUUUCUUACGCCUUUUGCCUAUUUACCUACUUCAUAUGACAUUACACUGAAACUGUAGUGUCCAAGAAGUGUAACUAAAUGGUACUGGGUUCAAAAAGGUGCAAAUAUUUUGUGAUAUGGAGAUUUUUGUUUCGAGAUUUGUCUUUCGUCAGCAAUGAAACUCAUACGGGUAGAAAAAAAGAAUAUUGUAUAAUGGAAGGCAGGGAUUGGAAAUGCCGAAUUAAUUAGAAAGAUAGGUUGUUCCUCAAAAUUUUAUUGUUGUAAUAUCAGUGUUAGAUAUAAUUUUAAGGUAUUGAAUGCCCCAAAACAAAAAGCAAGAGUUUUGAAGUUUAUCCAAACUACCUCCUAAGAUAUUAAGUGCAGUAUUGAUAAUAUAAAAUAUUAUUUAAAUUUUGGUCAUUGAAUGAUCCAAACAUAAUCAAGUUUUUUGUUGGAGUGCUUAUAAUAUUAAGAUUUCUGUGUAUAUUUUGGUUCUAUUAGAUAACAUAUUGUUAAGUAAAAAAUGUAAUGGGUUCUUAUUUCGAUGUUAAUGUAAGCUUUACUUAUGUAAUUUGACAUUUAUACAGGUGACUUUUUAUACAUUGGCAAUAUUUUGUCUACAUGCUCAGUCUAUGAUUCUGAACAACUUUUAGUAUGGGAGUAACUCCGAAAUCGCAAAUAACUCCGAAAUCGAAAUCCAGCUGAUUUUUUUUUGCGAUUUCGGAUUUUUUUAUCCCUGAAUUCCCACGGGAGCGAAGGUCUGGGGUGCAGCUAGUUAUUCAUAAAGAAGUGCAGCCUCAUGAAUACAAAUUCCCAAUGAACUAUAAUGUCGUAUUGUGAACCAUUGAUCUAAAUAACUAUUAUAGUUUCAAAUAGAAAACAAACACAGCGAAACAAUAGUUAGUUGGGAGUUAAAUAAAUUAAUCUUCCCAAUGGCCUUGUUAGACACAAAAAGAGGUAAUAUUUUAUUCUUUUAUCAUACGCGUUGUGGCGAAAUCCGGGUCGAAAGAGAAAAGUGCUAGUUCACCCACGCACUAUAGGGUCGCUGUGGCGUAACAUACUAACCAUAGACUCAAUUUUAAUAUUCCAUCGUUGUUAUUUGACUGUUUAGGAAACUGUUAUGAUUUGGGUCAUCAAUAUCUGUAAUAUUUAAUACCAACGGCUCUGCUUCGCUCGUGUAAACACAUAAUAAAUUACACACCUAAAUCUUCCUCAGGAUCCACACUAUCUAAUGGUGAAAACCGCAUGAAAAUUCGUGCAAUCGUUUACGAGUUUAUCGCGAACAGACAGACAGACGUGGCAGAGGACUUUCUAUACAAAAUGAAAUACCUGAGUUGUGAAAAAUGUAUGAAUCAGCUGAUUUUGUUUUCAGUAGUCGGUAGAUAAAAUAAUGCCUAUGUUAAAGAAAUCACCCUGUAUAUGUUGUGUCAUACAUUCCUUAUAUUUAAAUCAAUCAUAGAUUCAGACAGUUUACAAGAAGCGGUGCCAAAAUUAACAUUUCAGUAUUGAAAUGUAAAACCAAAAUAUGCGUUCUUCGGAAGCCUAGAAAAUGAAUGAAAAUAAUUGUUCUCUCUCUUUUGUUAGUUCCUCUUAUCUGUCUAGAAUAAAUAUAAAAAACUUCUAACUAUCCAAAAAUUGAUGAUGAGAUUUCACACAUUCCUUUUUAACAUGUCUGGUCAUUUGAUAAUGAAGGUCAUUUCACUAAAUAGCAUUUAAAUAGUUUUUUGAGAAACAAUUUUAUAUAUUUACCUACUUCAUUAUUUGAUCGCACAGUAAAAAAUUAUUUACAUAAUUAAUGUGUCAAUACUCUUACUGGCAUUAGUAAAGUAUAUACCCUAACAAUAAAACAUAUUAUAAAACACAUAGAAAUAGUAAUGGGGGCUAACGACAGCGAAUUCGCCGCUAGGGGCGCUGAUGUUUGUUUUGUGUACCCGCAGCCGACCCAUCUCCAGCACGCAAAUCCCAGCUAUGGUUCGUGUAGCUCCGAUAUGAUUGUAGCGUCAUUCGCAAGAAGCGCGGGAAAAAGGACAAAGCCGUGGAGAAUAUUUUUUCCCUUCUACACUACGAUUAGCGGGUAAUUUAUAGAGUCCUUACAAUUUUAGUACCUUCCACACUACUACUGUGGACUAAAAUCUUUACCUGCCGUUAGCGCCCAUUCCUUACUUGUUGUUGGAAGUAAUAUGUAAGAGCCUAAAUAGGUCAUGUAUAUUAUAAUACAUAAAAGGAUAUAGAAUAUUGGUCUUAUCGAUGUUAACACUAUGAUAGAAACUAUUUUCAAAAUCUAAAUCAGGAUGUAAGAUUGUAUAAUGCUACAUCGGCAUUUGCUUUUAAUAUUUUUUAAAUAGAUCUGAUACAUACCUACUUAGGAAAUAUAUUUUUAACUUUUAUAGUACUCUUACAAGUUUAGUAAGUACGGUAGAGAACUUAGAUGUUUUUUUUCUGUGCAAUGUUGUUUAUAAGACAUUUUAAUGCUGUAGGAAUCAUAUUAUAUUGUAUCUGCAAUCCCAUUCUGCCGUUCUAAAUAAUAGGUAUUAUCAUGGUAUUAUAAUUGCAAAAUCCAUUUAUGCAUAUAACCUAGGUAACCAAUUCUAGGAGUAGUGCAUUAAUGAUAUGCAAACAUAAUUUCGGUGGAUACGCGACCUUAUACUGAUAAAAUAGGCUUAGUUUAUUGAUUAUUUAUUUCAACUUUAUUGCACAGCAAUACAAUUAGUAAAAGUACAAAGGCGGACUUAAUGCUAAAAGCAUAAUUUAAUAAUAAGAAAAGUUUAGUGAAUUCAACAUUUGGUUACAUUUUUGGGCCCUAUUAUAGGAAGUUUUGGGAAAUUCCAUGUUUGUUUGAUUGUUUUGACCGUGUUAAUGUUAUUGUUAUAAAACGAAAAUCGUUAAAUUAAUUAGCCUUUACUUUGUCGACGGCAGUUGGCAAUGAAAAUAUUUAUCCAGAAUUUAAUCGUAAUUUUUUUUUUAGCUCUGCGUGGGCUGUGAAUGAACACAAGACGAACAAAAUUGCCGAAAUUGCCUAAAUAACCGUAAGACUAUCAGCCUAUUUAAUUAGCGGGGCUUGAUUCAUUAACAAUAUCAUCUUUAUUUUGAUGUUCUAAAACCAUUCCAUAAAAAUUUUGCAAUGCUGCAACGUUUCUUAAUGAUUAUUUUUAAUGUUUAUUAAUGAUUAUUUUUAUGAAACAAUAUUGAAACUAAUAUUGUAGUAAUUGGUGUCCUAGUAAGAGCACUUGUUUCUACAAAUGUUAUCUCUCGUGUUUUAAGCUAGUUAGUAAGUGCACGUUUUUUUUUGAAACGAGAAAAGUAAAAUAUAUUUUGUUAAGAUUGCAGGGAAUUAGAUAAAAGAUAACAUUUGGUCGGGAAAUAUUAGUUUAUAUUAGCAAAAUAUUUAUGUAUAAGUGUUGCGAAUAUUUAUUCUAUGAUUAUGAAAUAAUAAUUGUGUAUUAUUAUA